UGAACUUUCACUUUAAGAAAAAAAGUGUUCUCAAGUAUUUGAUGGGAGAAAUGAACUUCUUCAUGCUUAAAUAUAGGAUCAUGCCUUCAUGUGGAUAGUGAGGCAAGAAGAAGUCAAGCCUCGUGCCGCUGUCGUUGUUGCUCGUUCGGCUUCGAAUUUGAAUUUGACAAAUGACUGAUCAAAGAGAUUAUCUUUUUGGACAAAAUUCAUUUAAAACUUGAGAAUUAGUAAUUAUUUAAUCCAAAAAUCCGAUAGCAGAAUUUUUUUCAUUUGUGGAUGCACCCUAACAUGUGCGGAUGCAUGUCAAGACGCAUCUUGAAGGGACGCGACCCUUCGAGAUGCUGUUUGAAAGUGACAAAUGGACCUGAGGGGCAGGUCAUCAUCUGCGGAUGCAGGUGAAGGUUUACAAGUGAGACGUCACUUUCUGUUUCGAAGAAAAUCACGACGUGCGGAUGCAGGUCCCCAUUCGCAGGUGGGGUCCGCAGGCAGAGGCGGAGCCAGAAUUUCAACUAAGGUCCGUAGUAUAGCUUCUCACAGUACAUUUUGAGAGAUGUGAACUAAAAUGCUGCUCAAGACUAAUAUGAAAAGAGUUUGGUGUUCUUGCAGGAACUUUCUAUUUAAACCAGCUCUUUGGUAGGGCCAUCUAACAAUCUGUCGACUCAAAAUAACAAUUCUAUGGAUAUUGACGACGAGAUAGUGGGCUUUGAGGAAGACACAGAGGUAUUAGAGGUAUAGCACGGCUAGAUGUUAUUCCAAUUGUUGGAAUUUGGGUGGGGGGGGGGGGGGGGGGGGGGGGCAAGGUAAAACAACGUAACUUGCGCUGUAUAAUGAUGAUAUCGUUGUUUCUCAUUUUGAUGUUCAAGCUUGGUGCAUCAUUUCUCAAACAUAUAACCAGAGAGAUUUACUACAAGAGAUUUUCAGUCAAAUUACCGGUAUGAAGGACAAGGGAGAUAAGGUCAACGAACUUGGAGACACGUUGAAGAAAAGCUUAAUGGGGAAGAGAUAUCUCAUUGUCUUGGAUGAUAUGUGGGAUACUAUAGCAUGGGAUGACUUAAGAUUAUCUCUCCCAGAUGGUGUAAAUGGACGUAGAAUUAUAGUGACAAGUCGAAGGCUGGAUACAUGUAAGCACAUCAUGCACCACAGUGAUCCUUAUCACCUUCCUUUGCUUACACUAGAAGAGAGUUCGAAAUUUCUACAAAAGAAAGUUUUUCAAAAGGAAUGUUGCCCAAGUGAACUAUUCGACGUGAGUCAAGCAGUUGCAGAAAAGUGCGAAGGAUUGCCGCUAGUGGUUAUCUUGGUGGCUGGAGUACUUAGAAAGAAAAAAGUGGAAGCCUCUUGGUGGAUUGAGGUCGAACAUGCUCUAUUUUCCUAUCUUGGAAAGUAUGAAGAAUACUAUCUCGGGACUAUGCAGUUAAGUUAUUAUAAUUUACCUGAUCUUACAAGGCCUUGCCUAGUUUACAUGGGGAUGUUUCCGGAGGACCAUGAGAUUCCAAUACAUAAAUUGAUACGUUUAUGGAUAGCAGAAGGCUUCGUGCAACACGUUGAAUCGGUGAGAUUGGAAGAGGUAGCCGAAGAUUACUUGACGGAUCUCAUCAACAGUAACUUGGUAAUGGUUUCAAAGAGAUGGAAUAACGGUAAAGUCAAAUAUUGUCAGGUCCAUGAUCUUGUGCUUGACGAGGGCUAAAGAAGAAAAGUUUAUGUCGGUGCUGAGGGGACAUCCUAGACUAUUUCAACCUUCUGAUUGGAAGGAAAACCGUCUGAGCUUCCAUUUCAAUCUUGACCUUUCACAGGAUACAUUGGUUGGCUUGGAAACAGGGAAGUCUUUCGACCAAGAGUUGAGAUCUGUGAUAUCCUCGGGCAUAACAUAUCUAGGUUGGAAUGCCUUUCUUCAGAUUAGUAAAUUGAGACUUCUGGGGGUCUUGGAUUUGAGUUCCUUUACCAUGCAUUAUUUGUGUUCAGCUAUAUUUAAUCAACUGAUUCACCUGAAGUACCUCGCAGUUCAAACAGGAGUAAUUGAUUUCCAUCCAGAAACGCUUCUGUUCAAUCUACAAACUUUGAUAGUGUGUGGUUUAGAAUUAGACAUAGUGUUACCAGCUACUUUUUGGAAAAUGGUGAUGUUAAGACGUUUUGAUAUUGAUCGAGUUGAACUUGAUUUCCAUUAUUUGGAAGACGGUAAGCAACAGAUCAUUGAAGAAUCGUCUAAAUUGGAAAAUUUGAAGUUUUUAAGUAGGGUUCGAUUGUCACCUCAAGAUGCUCAUGAUUGGGUGGAUGUGUUAUCACGGAGGUGCCCUAAUCUUGAGGAAUUUUGCAUCUGUAUUCGACCAAGUGGUGGUCGUACUUGCAAUCUCGAAUUACAAGGUUUUACCCAGCUUCAAACACUUGAGAUUUCCUCUUACGCUGUACUCCCUGGGUUUCAAUUGCCUUCAACUCUCAAGAAGUUGAUAUUACAAAUGCCUCUAAUAACCACAGAAACGGUUUCUAUGAUUACGGAACUACCAAGCCUAGAGUACCUCAAGUUGGAGAAAUCAGAAUUUGAGUCAGAGCAGUGGUGCCUCGGAGAAAUCGUGUUCAAUAAACUUAAAAUCUUGAAACUGACUAGCUUAGAUAUCUCAACGGGGGAUGCUUCUGAGGAAUCAUUUCCCCAGCUUGAGAUACUUGUUAUUAGUUGGUGUUGGAAGCUUAAGGAGGUCCCUCCUAGCUUUGCUGAUAUUCUAACACUGAAACAGAUCAAGUUGAUUCAGUGUAAGAACGAAUCUCUGGAGGCUUCAACUCUGCAAAUUAAGGAAGAAAUCAAAGCAAAUGAAGGAAGCGACCGCCUUAAGAUCAUUAACAAAGUAAGUAGCAAUCAAACUCGUAUUGAUGUUUUUGAGUAUCUCCGUGCAUCUAAUUUGCAGACAUAUGUUCAAUACAGGAUUCAUAGGUCUAUCUCUUGCUGCUGCGAGUCAAGUGUACUUUUUUCAAUUUUUUUCUUCUUAAUAUUGUGAUUGCUUUCUCUUAAUUGCCUCAUGCUGAUCUCGAAUUAACGAGGAUGUUUUGAAUUUGACAAACUUUUUACUUAAAUGAAUGAAAUUUUAAGGCAUAAUAAACACCACAACUCAUAGGUAGGCGUAAUGAAAUUUUCAGGCAUAAAUUCAUAGAUAGAUACUUUAACUUGGCCUCAACUAACAAAUAAAUACCACAACUUUGAGGAUGCACAUCUAGACAACUCAACUCGACUCCACCGUGCCAGAUAAACAGUCUAACUUACAAAUUGAUUACCUAGAAACCUCCAAAAUUAUGUGCCACAUUAGUGUCCGGUGUACACGAGACACAAUGGGGACGAGUAGAGGUGUGUAGAUGUGCAUUCUUACAGUUGGAGUGUUUAGUUUCCAGUUGAGGCCAAAUUUAAGUGUCUAUCUAUGUAUUAUGUCAAAUUUUAAAGAACGCUAAAAUUCUCAGUUUUUAUGUUUAGGAUGCUGGCUACAUGGUUAUCAAUAUUCUGUUUUUGAAAUGUUAGCUACAAAGAGGAAUCUUUACAGCAUUGAAAAGCUUAUUGAUGCAUUUUACCUUCAGGAAAGUUGAUUCGCCUGCUGCUCUCUCGACCGGCAUCAUCUUGCCUUUUAACGCUUUUAGUAGUGUGUGGGCAUCAACUUUGAUCAAGUUGUGGGAAUCAAUAGUUGAGCCUGUUCAGUUUUUAAGAGGUGUGAA